CGUGCGCCCUCAGACCAGGAAGUAGCGGUGCAGGAGCCCAGAGUCGUGUUCCCGUGCUGGGCCCGCGGCAUUGUGUGGUGGUAGUGGCUGUCCUCUCCUCCGGGCGGCGGGGAGGAGCUGGAGGAUGAGUGCCGGUAAUACAAUAUGGCCGCCGGGCCGGGUGACAUGCGUCCUGUGUGUGCUGUUUACUCUGUGCUGUGUGUCCGACGUACAGACCUCUCUGGGCACUACAUCGGCCCCAACGGGUGCCAACGGCCCGCAACCUCCUGCAGCCGCAAAUGAGAGUAGUUCUAACACUGCCAAGGACGAUCUGUCCACUACUGUGGCCGCUCCUGCCGCCCCCAAGCCCCAGACCCAGAGGGCCCUGGCAGUCCUGGUGGUGGUGAGCGCUGCCGUCAUCAUCUACUUCGUCAUCAGGACAAUCAGGACACGAAGAAAAAAUAAGAAAACUAGAAAAUAUGGAGUAUUGGAUACAAAUAUAGGCAAUAUGGAGCUAACUCCCUUAGAACAAGAGGAAGAAGAUGACGACACUUUGUUUGAUGCCAAUCAGUCUCGAAGAGCACAGAACCUCCUUCAGGCAAAAGAAGACUGAGCAAUAAGCAGUGGUUUUGUUAUAAGUGAACAAGGUCAGUGGAGAGGACGAGUAUGUAGUUUAGGGAUUGGGGGCCAGACGGAGGGAGGUGAGAAUUUUGUCCAUAUAGUGGCGCAAAAAUCCAGAGGUUACAUUUAGUUCUUGUCUCAAUGAUAAGAAUGUAGUCUUCAGUUUAAAUUCCGUAUCAUUCUUAAUGUUCCCUUGGAGAACCUUUUAAAUUGUCCAUGGGAAACUUUCUUUGGACCAGGACACCGCAUGGAAGCUAUAGGAGAAACAUGUUUUGGGGUGGGAACUGCCUGUGGUCUGUAUUUAUUAUUCAGAAUUUAGAGAUUUUUACUGUCUCUCACAUCUGUGAUCGGGAUAAAUUUAUGGGCAUUACCUAUUUGCCCCAAAGUUUUUGAUUUGUCUUUGUUGAGCAGUAUCUUCUCUGUAUAUGUAAUGUUACCGUGUAAUUGAGGGCACUUUCACACUUGCGUUAAAGUUUUCCGGUAUUGAGUUCCGUCACAGGGGCUCAAUACUGG